AUGGUGGCCAUGAAGACCCUCUCUCUGCUGCUGGUGUCCCUGUUCCUGGCCGUGGUGCUAGGAGAGAAGGAAGAGGGUCACGCCAGAUUCCAGACUAAGGUCAGUGACUCCCAACCUCGAGGCCCCAGGUAUGCUGAGGGGACUUUCAUCAGUGACUACAGUAUCGCCAUGGACAAGAUCCGCCAACAAGACUUUGUGAACUGGCUGCUGGCACAGAAGGGGAAGAAGAAUGAUUGGAAACACAACAUCACCCAGAGGGAGGCCCGGGCCCUAGAGCUGACCCAUCGAUCCAACAGGAAGAAGGAGGAGGAGAGGGGGCAGCAGGGCUCCCUGCCCAGGAACCCCUGCGAUGAAGAUUUGCUAAAGGAUUUACUGAUUCAAGAGCUGCUGGCCUGGCUUGUGGACCAGAUGGAGCUCUACAGGCGCAGAUUUCAGUGACUCUCACCAAAGCCAGCUCAGGACUGGACUCUGCCCUUCACUUACUCAGCUCCUG